UCUCGUGCGUUUCUCCAUGGGCGAACAUGGUCAGGAUGUAGAUGUGCUCAACCGCUUCCUCUGUUCUAGUCUGCCUGUUUCCUUCGUUCGAGUCUGCCUGUUUCUCCGCUCUGGUCCGCGUGUUUUCUCCACUCUGGUCUGCGUGUUUUCUUCGCUCUAGUCUGCGUGUUUCCUCCGCUCUAGUCUGCGUGUUUCCUCCGCUCUAGUCUGCUUGUUUCCUCCGUUCUAGUCUGCUUGUUUCCUCGUUCUAGUCUGCGUGGCUCCUCGUUCAGUCUGCGUAGUUCCUCGUUCAGUCUGCGUGGCUCCUCGUUCAGUCUGCGUGGUUCCUCGUUCCCUUCGUCUGCGUGUCUUGGGUUUCUUCUGUCCUGCUGUUCAUCUUCAGUUCGCGGUCUGGUACCCACCUCUUCUUCAGCCUUCCUUUCGUACCAGCUGGACUGCUUCACAUCUUCGCCAUGGCCAGAAUAUCGACGCUCCCCGCUUUCCUCCUCUUCGCAACAGUAGUCACAUCGACGCAGGCGGCCAGCCUCCUUCUCCGACAGGCGCAGACAUGUGGAGGCGUGCAGGGCCUGCAGCAGUGCGGCGGCAGCUUGCCCUCUGAUUUCUGCUGUCCAAAGGACUCGACUUGCAUGAACCUGAACAGCGCAGACGUUCAGUCGGUCAUCUGCUGUCCGGCAGGCCAGGACUGCGCCUUCAUCCAGCCCAUCACCUGCGACGUCACCCAGCUCAAUGCAACCCUCUACCCGGACAACCAGAUGCACCUGUCCAGCACGACCGGCGUUGAACUUCCAACAUGCGGCGCCAAGUGCUGUCCGCUGGGCUACACAUGCAGCAGCGGCAUGUGCAAGAAAGACGAGACGGCACCGACACCCACAUCGUCGGCCACCCCGUCACCGUCCGCUUCGUCACCGUCCGCCUCGUCGCCGUCCGCUACCAAGCCUGCCUCGGAAGCCGGCUCCUCCCAGACAAGCGGCUGUCCCACGCCUGUGUCCGUCGAGCAGGGCUUCGACGGCAAGUCCUUUGCAGCUGGUCUCUUCCCCGGCCUCGUCAUCGGCGCGCUCGGCGCCAUUGCACUCAUGUGGCUGAUCAACAAGCGCCGCUCGACGCAAGCCGAGAAGAAGUACUCUGGCGACUUUGGCCAUGUCGCGCGUCAAAUCAGCGACCCCAUCUACGACCCCGAGCACGCAGCACGCGUCGACUUCAUCCGCCGGCCGUCGCACUCGACCCACCGCUCGCCCAACUCGUACCGCUCCAACACGGCCAUGGUCUCCAACGGCAUGCCCUCCAAGCCCACUAUCGGCACCGGCCUCACCCCCCGCAUCAGGAGCAUGUGGGACCGCACGCCCAAGCUGAACUUUGGCUUCCCCACCUCCGCCCCGGGGCUGCCCUCGAACCCGAAUCCCAAAGUCGCGCGGCCGCCCCCCGCCGUGCGCGCAGGCAGCAGCGACCGCGACCCGUACAAGACGCCGACCGUGACGCCGGCGCGCGCCGCCUCGCAGCGCCGCACAAGUCGCUCCUCGCGCUCGCGCCGGCGCGACCCGGAGAUGAGCGAGCGCGGGCGGGCGCAGCGCGACAACCCGCGCCCGGCGCCGGAGCGCGAGCACAGCACCGAGACCAUCGACGUGCUCAUGCCGGCGCCGCAUCUGAGCUUCCUCGCGCCGCCCAAGGCGCCGGGCAUGCGCGAGAACCGCGAUACGUGCGACAGCGGCACGACGACGUUUACAAAGCUCAUGGAGCGCGCGGGGUUUGACGAUGAUAUCGAGCGGGGGGUGAAGAAUCUCAGUUCGCCGGCGAAGCGCUUCUAGCGAGUGGAUGCGAGGAUGACAUUUAUGAAGUGGAUGGGUAAUGAUUUCCUAGUCGUUGUCGUUUUCUUGUUGUCGUUGUUGUUGUUGUCGUUGUUGUUGUCGUUGUCGUUGUCGUUGUCGUUGUCGUUGUCGUUGUUGUUGUCGUUGUUGUUGUCGUUGUCGUUGUCGUUGUCGUUGUUGUCGUUGUUGGGGUAAUGAGCAGUAGACCUGCUCGCCGCUUGCCACGGCUGGAGGACGUUAGAUACCAGGCAUGGACGCCCCCUUUUUAUUCUCCCUUCUCUUUUCGAUUCUACGCCUGGUUCGGAUUGUGCAGCUUUGACAGCAUUAAACUACCCGUAA